GGCUCACCAGAGUUGGCACGGUGCAGGUCCAAUCUCAGUGCUUCUCAAGCGCAGAGCACGUCGACGAGCACGUUCCUCACGUCUCUCGUCUUCAAUUCCGCCGUGUUUGGAGCAGAGAUAGUCGCGUUCACCAUCCUGCGGCGACAGUUCAGAUCUAUCUAUGAACCACGCAGUCUUUCGGUACUUGAGAGUAAACGCCAGAAGCCACUGUCCCCUUCCUUACUUGCGUGGCCCUUAGCAAUAUGGCGGGCCGAUUAUCGUGACAUCAAGCAGGUCAACGGCAUGGACUCGUACUUUUUCGUCCGCUUCCUCCGCAUGAUGGUCCGUGUACUGCUCCCGAUAUGGCUCAUUUCGUGGGUGAUACUCCUUCCCAUUACCGCGAUCAAAACAGAAGUCGAAAGCCAUUCCGGUCUCGAUAAGUACACUUACGGCAACGUCGCGCCAGACAAGACGACACGUUACGCUGCGCACUUGAUCCUCGCCUGGGUUUUCACUUUCUGGAUCUGGUGGAACAUCAAGCAUGAAAUGCAGCACUAUGUCAAGGACCGUCAACGCUUCUUGAUCAGUGCCAGCCAUUCCUCAUCUCCGCAAGCGAACACUAUCCUCGUUACUGGGAUCCCGACAAAGUACUUGUCGGAACUUGCUCUCACACGUCUCUUCUCCUGUCUUCCGGGUGGCGUGCGCAAAGUCUGGCUCAAUCGUGAUCUCAAAGAUAUGCCCGACCUGCAUACACGUCGCCUUGCGGCCUGCGACAAGUUGGAGGCUGCCGAAACAUCCCUUCUUGGCACAGCUAUGAAGCAAUACAAGAAGAACAAAGAAGCGGCAGCGAAGAAGGGUGGAGAUAGCAACUCAUCCACCGGUCUCACACAGCCUACGAGCGAUCCGGAGGCCGUGAAAAGCCUGGCCGAGGAGCUUGUCCCAGCAAAUGAACGCCCGACCCACCGUCUGCCUCCCUUCUCGUGGCUCCCAUUCUCCCUUCCGCUGAUCGGCAAGAAGGUGGACUCGAUCGAGUGGGCACGCGAGGAAAUCAAGACCACGAGUGAGGCGCUCGCGGAACGUCGGCGGGACCAGACGUACCCUCCCGUGAAUGGCGCAUUCAUUCUGUUCAACCGGCAGAUCGCGGCGCACCUCGCGGCUGCUGGACUCACGCAUCACGGCCCGUACCGUAUGGCCAGCGCUGGGAAGUAUGUGGAAGUUGGACCUGAGGACGUUAUAUGGGAGAAUCUAGGCAUGAACCCGUAUGAGCGCCGUAUACGGAUGGCUAUUGGCUGGGCCAUCACGCUAGGAUUAAUCAUCCUUUGGGCUUUCCCUGUGGCCUUUGUCGGCGCCGUGUCGAACAUCCAUUCCCUUUGCAUCAAGUACCACUGGCUCGCUUGGGUCUGUGACCUUCCGGACGUGGUUGUCGGUAUCAUCUCUGGUAUCCUCCCUCCCGUGUUGCUCGCUAUUUUGUUCAUGCUUCUGCCGAUUGUAUUGAGACUAUUGGCACGCCUCGAGGGUAUCCCGAAACGUACUGGCCUCGAGCUCAGCUUGAUGGACCGAUUCUUCAUCUUUGAAGUCAUUAACGGGUUCUUGAUAGUGACGCUCUCAUCCGGUAUCAUUGCAGCCCUCCCUCAGCUUGCGGAUAACAUAUCAUCUGCACCGACUCUUCUCGCUCAGAAUCUACCCAAGGCUUCGACUUUUUUCCUGACAUACAUUAUGCUGCAAGGUCUCUCCGGAACCGCCGGUGGUUUCCUGCAAGCAGUCACUCUUAUCUUGUACUACGUCAAGUUGAUCCUGCUUGGUAGCACCCCUCGAUCGGUGUACAACCUCAAGUACGGCGCUCGCUCUGUUAACUGGGGAACACUUUUCCCGCAGACUACCCUACUCGUCGUCAUCACGCUUGGGUACUCCAUCAUUUCACCCAUCAUAAACGGUCUAGCCUGCGCCACGUUCUUCCUGUUCUAUAUCAUGUACAAGUACCUGUUCCUCUGGGUCCAGGACAUGCCUGCCUCAGGCGAUACCGGUGGGCUCUUCUUCCCCAAGGCGAUUCAGCAUAUCUUCGUGGGUUUGUACAUUCAGCAGAUCUGCCUUUGUGCGCUGUUUUUCCUUUCACAAAAUGAGAAGGGCAAACCAGCAGCAAUUGCGGAAGGGGCGUUGAUGGUUGUCUUGCUCGUGUUUACGGCGUUCUUCCAUAACAUCAUCAACAACUCAUACGGCCCCUUGAUCCAAUAUCUUCCCCUUACCUUAGCUGACAAGUCAUUCGAAUUGACCGACGAUGUCGUCCCCGGGAAUGCGUCUGCCAUGGCUCUCCCUGUGGAAGAAACUGAGAAAAAGGGCCGCGAUAGCACAGAGCAGGGCCCUACGGACUUCAGCCAUCCCGCGAGUGUGGAAUCACAGCGCGUUAUUUGGCUGCCGCGCGAUCCGCUAGGUCUCGUGGAGGAGGCAGAGCGCGCGUGCAAGGCGGAGGGCAUCGAUGUUUCGACCGAGGGUGCGAUCAUGAACGAAAAGGGCAAGGUGAAUAUCACUAGUGCGCCGCCUGAGGAGGCCAUGAUUGAUUUGGAGAUACGGGCGUCAGAGGAACGUGGUUGGUCCCGCAAGAACGCUUAG